AUGAUUUGCAACCCGAGUAUGGAGAAAGACGUACUCGUUUGCCUCCGGGCCUUGGAAUUUGUCAAGAGCAGAGAAGAGAGAGAAGCCUGCAAGAUAUAUGAAAGUGCUAAAGGGGUAGUUCAGAAUCGUACUCGUCCCGAAGGUUGCAUUGCUGAGCGGUAUAUAGCUGAAGAAGCUGUAGAGUUUUGUACCGAGCAUUUAUCUGAUGUUAGUACAGUUGGAGUGCCUUCAAGCCAAAAGAUGGGAGUUUCAAAGCCAUUAUCAGGUUGCACAGUGAGCGUAGUUGAUCGGGACCUGUUGAACCAAGCACAUCUAUAUGUCUUGGAGAAUACGGAGGAAGUCCUACCUUAUAUCGAGCAACAUAUGAUCCACAUCCAGACCGCUUAUCCAAAAUUUAGAAAGAGAACAAAGUGGCUGCAGGAUAAGCACAAUAGCACUUUCAUUCAAUGGCUACGCUUGAAGGUUCAAAGUGAACUUAAUGAGGACAAUCAUGGCGUAUCAGAAAAUUUAAGGUGGCUAGCAGCUGGUCCAAACAUGGCAGUGCCAUUAUAUAGGAGCUAUCUCAUUAAAGGUAUUAAAUUCAACAUCAAGGCACAAGAUGAUGUGCGGGACAACUCAAAAUAG